AGUAUCUUGGGAUAUGUUGGGCCACGAAGGAUGGUUUGAAUGCAGACAAUAGAUUUUUCAAUUUUUAAUUUUCAAUGGAGAAGGAGGACACAUUUGUCGGCCGCAUUUGGAGGAGCCGAGAGCCUUCGCGGACUUUUCUAAUUUGGACAGUCGUCGUGCGGCGCUAUGACGUCUGCAGCCCACAAAUGCGGACUACUAGGCUGCAGACCCCGGAUUUAGACACACCCCCUGUUCCAUUCGUUUGCGGCUGAUCGGCAGUUCUGUUUAAAUCUACUGCCCCUGGUCUUAAUUAUCUCGCUGUCUUUGUUAGAACACUGACAACCGCGGUUCUUGUUUUACGCAUGCGCAGUAGCGCCAAGUGGCACAUUACUUGGGCACGCGUCACGUCGCGUCACGGUUCCAGCUGCAAUAUUAAAGAUUUUUUUUAAUAAUUUGGAAACGGAUUUCUGAUUAAUAUAAAUAACGGCCAGGAAUGGAUACGAGCCUAAAAACAUUCCAAACAAAAAACAAUGCAUAACUCGGAACUGUAAUUCCCCAACAAAUGUUCCAACCCGGACACUCGGAUGCACACUUUAAAAAUGGCAGCCAACAUAGAGCAAAUCUUUCAGGACUUCAUCUUGAAUAAAAUCAGAGAAAUUGAAGACCAGAAUGUGGAUACAACCAGUGCUGCACAUGAUUCGUGUAGUGACAUGGCUUCAGGAGACAAUGGAGACAGACAGUGUGAUGGGAGGAGCUCACAGAAGAAACAUAAGAAGCACAAAAAGCAUAAAAGUAAGAAGAAGAAAAAGAAAAGAGAGAAGGAGAGAAAAAAGAGCCAUUCAGAAUCCGGGGAAGAAUUGGACGCACAAACAAAACCUCUAUACAGAAAAGGACCCCCAACAGUGAAUGAACAGCAGAGUGAUGACAGCAGCUCCAGAAGUCACAAGCACAGAACAGGAAAGAGGAAGAAGAAGAGGCACAAAGAUGAGAGACGAGAAAACUCCUCUGAUUUUGACAGAACGCAAAGAGGGAUGAGAAGGCAACGAGAAGAGCUACCUGAUAUCAUCCCAAAAGACGAUGGUUGCAGUAACUCAAAAACUGAUGAGAGAAGAAAGAGCCACUCCCGUUCACAUUCCAACUGUUCACAUUCCAGUGUAGAGAAGUGGACUUCUCGACUCGACAAGCGAAAAUUCAGAUCUUGUUCGAGAUCCACUUCACAUAAUCACAGCACCCGGUCCAGGUCCUUAGACAACAGGGAUGAUUUGGACCGUUCCACAGAGUCCAAACAAAAUAUCUCAAAAGGUAUCCAGCUUCUGUCUCAUAGUCCGAAAGGAGGAACCACAGCAGAACUGCAGAGGCCGGACCACAGUCACAGUCACAAGCCAGCAGUGACGACAAGAGAAAGUUCAUGUCGGAAUGAUGGUCCUGCAUCCCGGUUCUCGCCAAUUCCAUCUGUUGAGUCGCAACCUACUGGUGAGUCCAUCGUCCCUCAGCUAAAAGCAUCAGAACACAUCUCCGCCACUGUGAGAAAAUCACCUGCAAAGAUGAGGCAUAACUCCUCCAAGACCCAGCCAAGGAGUAAAGAAGGGAAAUCAGCGACGAGGCAGAAAAGAUCCAGGUCACCUCAUAUAACCCACAGGACGAGGGCCAGAUCCAGGAGCUCCUCAAGGAAGAAAAGAUCCCGGUCAAGGUCCAGAGGCUGGAAGUCACGGAGGUCACGUUCUGCGCCACGGGGAUGGCAGGCUAUUUACAGGCAGAGGGACCGCUGGAAACGAGAGCCAAGCCACUCGCCUGUGCUUGUUUUGCGCAAAAAAAGAUCCCUGACGCGGAAACGUCACGCACAUGCCAGCAGCCCUCAACGAAUCAGUGAACUAGGAAAGGAACAGCUAUUGGAAAUUGCCAAGGCCAAUGCAGCUGCCAUGUGUGCCAAAGCAGGUAUGUCCAUCCCCACCAGCCUGAGGACCUCAAUUCUGCCGUUGGCAUUGCCAAACAUGGCAAUGAAUGCUGCUAUGGCCAGUAUGACAGCAGCCACCAUGACUGCUGCCUUGUCCAACAUUGGCACUCUGUCCUCACUGCUGCCACUUCCCACCAUUACCAACAAACCUGCUGGUGCAAACCUCACUCAGCCCAUAAAUGCUGCUUUUGAGGAAGUGAAAAAGAAAGUAGUGAAGCAGGCCAAUAGCAUCAGCAUUAAGGAGUUCACUGAUAAGUGCAAGAUGAUUGUGGACAGCAAAGGCGAGCUGCCAGUGGCAGUACCGCAUGUGUCAGUGGAGGAUGAUGACGGGAAACCAUGUGGGGGAUUGCUUCUGCGUGAACAUAAGGCCAUCAGCUUCAACAUUAAUAAUACAACUGUACGACCAGCAGCUGCAGGCAUGGCAAAAGAGUUCCCUGUAUCUUCAGGAUCUCAACACCGAAAAAAGGAGAGCAAGACACUAAAUGCCUAUGGAGAUUGGGUGCCAGUGGACAAAACAUUAGAGGAGGCACAGACUGCCGGUCUAAUGGUGGCGCUGAGCUCUCUAUCAGCAACCAGUGAAACUCUGAAAGCCGCAGCAUUGCCGGGAUUGGCCGAGCCAUUGGCAGUAGAUGGAGACAGCGUUUUUCCUGACCCACCGCCUCAGCCUGUGGACAUUUCUCAGGCUGUGAGUGAGAGGAUAAAAGCUCAGAGGCGCUUGGCUGAGAACCCUCAUGAUGUCAGCGCCAUCUGCAUGCUUAGCCGGGCCCAAGAGCAGGUGGAUUUGUGGGCUCAGUCCAACACAGUUCCUGGUCUAUUCACAGGCUCCACAGGAGCCCAGGUCCUUUCCACAGAGGAACUGUCCAAUAGUGGACCACAGGCUUGGCUGAAGAAGAGUACCUGCUGUGGGUGAAGGCGCUGCUUCCCAGGAAACGAAGAUGCAGAGGACACACGCUCGCUCCUGUUGGUGCCUGGCUGGUUCCCUUUAUAGGACAACACGAGGAGCUUUGUACAUUGCGCCUUCGCCGCUCUCCUUUCGGGACUUCAGGCAGCAUGAACCCCUGCAAUCCAAAGUUGCAACAAAGUGCACACUUGUGAAUGCGAGGUCAGUCUCGAAAAAGACAUUCAUCCUCCAAGAUUUCUUCAAAUCACACUCUUACUAUUCGUCACUGAAACCUGGAUUCACGCCAGUGUGUCCGCUGCCUUGUCAGAGUUGCUGCCUCCAGAUUGUACUUGACCACAUGAACACACCAAUAAUGACUGAUCAUGGAGGUGUUACUACUGUUUUGAGAACGUUUUUAUAAGCCAUUGUCAAUGGUGUCUUUGUCCUCUUUUGAACUCAUUUGUUUUGAACUGCAACAGACUGAGCCGGUGUUUUGCGCAGUUAACUACAGACCUCCCACACACUCUUACUUUAUCGCUGCUAUGUUAAUAAAAUUAUGACAGAAUUUUAAUUGUUGGUAAUUUUAAUGUUAACGUCUGCUGCUGUUCUACGCUCAUGUCGAAAAACUUUUUUGAAUUGAAUCUUGACAUCUUUGUGAGCAAUGCAGUAUUUUCGGACCAUAUUUCUGUCAUGUCUGACUUUGAUGUGACACUUCUUGCACCUGUGCGACUUUGCCGUUUCAUCAAGCCCGACGUAGUCGCUGCUUUCUCCCCUUUGUCUACUAUUGCAGUGUAUACUCAAACGGGCCAUGUUUCUUCUCUGGACGCUGAACAGCUAAUGAACUCUUAUAUUUCCUUCUGUGCCAAUGUCCUGGACAGUUUAACUCCUCUGAAAGCCAUUCGCCCUAGAACCAAACGAGCUGUGGCUCAUUGAUGUCACAUGCGCAGCGAGGCAUCUGUGCAGAAGGCGGGGCGCAGGUGGAAAAAAGAUAGUCAUUCCAAAUCCUCAAAGAUAGUUGAAGAAAUUAGCAGAACAUUGUUAAAUCUGAGAAAACUAAGGACCUCUCAGACUUUGUUAAUAAGACACAUGUUCUUUUUAAAAUUGUUAGUUCUGUUUUAAACCCAUGUCCAUCCACUACACUGGAAUUAUUGUGUGAGUUCUUGCACUUUUCUAAAAAUAAGGUUGCCACUAUCCAAACCAAUAUAUUGCCCCCCUCUUUUAAUUUGUUCACACUGACACAGUGCUGUCACAUUUUUAAUCAGUGUGAACCUUUCACGAUAACAUGUCUUACGGAAAUAGUCAACACACUUACGCCUUCUUCCAGUCCUACUGACCCAGUCCCUCCUCACUUGGUGUGGGCAACUGUUGGCCCCUUAUGUCAGGAAUAUCGUCAACAGCACCAUGUCAUCCUGUUCCAAAAUGGCUGCCAUUGAACCUUUGCUUAAAAAUGAUCUUGACUCGUGAAUUUUAUGAAAUUAUCAACCAAUUUCAAAACUACCAUUUGUGUCAAAGAUUUUAGAGAAGUAACGUACUUGCUCAGAUACAACCUUUUUAGAUGCAGAUGGUAUUUUAGACAUUUUCCAGUCAGGUUACGAGCUCGCCAUAGCACUGAAUCAGCACUUUUAAAGGAUUUUAAUGAUUUGUUUUUAAUGACUAAUUUUGAUGGUUCAGCCAUUUUAGAGUUUUUACACCUGACUGCUGCUUCCGACACAUUUGACUACACUAUUCUUUUAUCACGUUAAGAAGACUGUGGGUGUCAGGGGGACUGCUUUUGAGUGGUUCAGAUUGUGC